AUGGCGGCCUACACGGACCAUGGCGUAACCUAUAAGGAUGAACCCAAAGCUUUUCCAGCACUGGAGGAAAAGAACUCCCACAGUUCCAACGUAUCACCUGUUCUACCAUCAAUGAUAGGACGGCACAAAUCGUUCGUAAGGACUCUAUUAGGAAUCCUCAGCAUCUUUGUGCUGGGCUUCACAGUCGCAAACAUGAAUCACAUUCCAACCAAGAGCCAUCGCGUCGAUCCAGCCGAGGAAUCAGUCUCAGCUUCAUCCCCUACAAAGGAGCUAUACCCCAACAGCCAGCCAUGGACAGUCACAUACUAUUCCGACGAAGGGUGUGAUGACACUUUCUUCAACGAGACCAACAGAGGACCAAGUGGUUGCCUGAAUGCAACGGAACCGAUCCUCAAAAUCGACUAUUCAGCCUUGUUUUAUAGUCUCACACUUUUCAGCGAUCCAGCUUGUGAAGGUACGAGUAAGGAGUACGCUGUGGGCAAUUACACGUGUGCAGACGGUAUUGGCGCUGAAAGUUGGAGCAUCACCCUGUGA